ACACCAGAGAGGAACUACUUCCGGCGGCUAUAAGGCGUGUGAUUGGCUGGAGCCUGAUUAGACUGCGUUGAUUGGUUGUUGUAGUUGUUGUCGUCCUUAUUUGCGCCGGAAGUGAAACAGAAUCGGCUCCGCUUACAUUAAAGACUGGUCUGUCUCUACUGACAACAUGUCUGACAGUGAUGGACAAGCACAGGAGCCUGCUGGACUGGAGGGUCUGCCUCCACUGUUCAGCAUCGCCAAAGGAGAAGUGGUUUCUGUGCAAACCUAUGGAGCUUUUGUCCGACUCCCAGGAUACAAGAAGGAAGGCCUGGUGCAUGUGAGUGAGAUGUCAGCUUCCCGGGUGGAAAGUGCCUCAGAAAUUGUGGAUGUGGGUGAACAGGUGUGGAUUAAAGUCAUUGGGAGAGAGAUUCGGGAUGAUAAGGUGAAGAUGUCCUUCUCAAUGAAAUCUGUCAAUCAGGGAACAGGGCGGGACUUGGACCCCAACAAUGUCAUGGCAGAGCAAGAUUCGAGACGACGUAGGCAGUUUAGAGACCAAACGGGCAACAGGAUCACACUGGAGGCCGUGCUCAACACGACUUGUUCAAAGUGUGGCUGCAAAGGUCACUUUACAAAGGACUGUUUUUCUGCUCCGGGCUUGCAGUACGCUCUUUUGCCUGAAGAGGACGAUGAAGGGCCACAGCAGCCACAGCAGCCACAGCAACAGACCUCCACAGCUGCACUACAGCAAGACUCAGACAAAAAGAAGAAGAAGAAGAAGGAGAAGAAAAUGAAAAAGAGAAAGAGGGAGAGGAAGGAGUCGGAGAGCGACAGCAGCAGCAGCAACAGUGGGGAGUGUAAAUCCAAGAGGAGGCGCCACGAGCGCUCGCACGACAGAGAGGACAAAAAGAAGAAGAAACACAAGAAACACAAAUCUCACAAAAACAGCUGAGACAGCGACACACAGUACAGCAGCAGCAGCUAUCUCCCAGAUGCAAAAAGGGGAAGUGGUUAGAAACAGACAGUGACUGACUUACACUUGUCUUUUCAAAGUCAUUCCUCCACCACAAGCUUUUUGAAAUAGAAUCAGUCAAGCACAUUUAGCCCCCCUCAAGUUAAAGAUGGAAACUGAGCAAACACAAAAAUUGAAAAGACAAGACCCACUUGUCCUAAUGAAACCCCAGUCUCCCUCAAGGGAGAAGGGGGAUUCAUUCAUCAUGUGAAACCUGAUACUGUGAGCAAUACAGCAGCAAGUGGCCAUCCCUCCUCAAAUCCAGAUAUCCUGUUUCUAAUGCUCUGGGAAAUCCAUCAAGCAGAAAUUAAGCAGUAAAAACAAAUCCGUAAGAGGAUCAGACCUUGAUUAUAAUCCACAAGAAGCCGCACACAGAGAGAGGAAGAGGUAAAAUAUACAACCAGGAAACAAAGUAUGACAGGAACCUCAUGCAAUGCCGAUAUCCUUAAGUUGUCUGCUGCUUAUUGUGUACUUGUGUGUACAUACAUGCUUGUGUAUUUAUAUUGUCUCCAGGACUUUUUCACAGUACACACACACACACACACCCCACUUCCUGCAUGUCUACUGUUAACCCCAUUAAAAAGGUGUUUUACUUGGAAAGGUAAAAAAGAAAAAAGCCUUUGAUGUCUU